AUCUUCCCCCCAGAGAAACUCGAUCGAGAUUUUGCCUGCUGAGGCUGAGGCUGUUUGUUGAAGGUGAACAUCAUACAACAUGUCAGAUAUAGAGCAUCAAAUCAAAGCAAUUCAAAAUGGCAUGCCAGUGUCAGUGGAAAAGAGGCUGGAUAUUGCUCCAGAAGAAGAAAUGACGUUUAUACCGAUGACCAAAAUGAACAUUUGCUACAUUUGCUGUAGUAUACUGUUUGAUGACCAAGGGCGAGUUCUUAUGAUUCAAGAGGCGAAGAAAUCAUGUCACGGGUUGUGGUACUUACCAGCCGGUCGCUUGGAACCUGGUGAAACCUUACUUGAUGGAGCAAAGAGAGAGGUGUUGGAGGAAAGCGGCUUGACCUGUGAUCUGACUGCGCUAAUUGCUGUAGAAAUCAACGGUACCUGGCAGCGAUUCACUUUCACUGGAAAAAUUACUGGUGGAAAGUUAAAAACAACAAAUGAGAAAGAUGAAGAGUCUUUACAAGCCAAGUUUUUUUCUGACGAGGAGAUCAAAACGUCUCGAGAAUCAUUCAGGGCAGGAGAUGUGAUCAAGCUCAUAGAUGCAGGUCGGAAGUACUAUGCUAAAGAAUCGUCUUUGCGGAACCCAGAUGUUUUGCCGGUCAUUUCUCCCCAUAGGCUACAGACACACAGGGUCGUCAUCCUUGACCGCUCAUGUCCAGAGAAGGCUACCAUGCAUGUGUUGGCAAGUGAAGAGGGUGGACUGCAUAUUCCUUCGUCCAUCAAUUUUCUAAGAAAACGAACCUCAAUAGCUGUGUCUGUGUUUGCACUACUGAAGGAUGCAUUUGUGGAAAACCUUACAGCAGCAAGCAUCCGCAUGUGUGGCAUACUGGGGCUGGAGCACAGAGGUACAGGGGAACAAGAGGAUGGCCUUUGCAUUACGUCUCUGGUUUGCCUUGAUUUGGGAGACACCGCAGCUCCACCCACCCCAGCCUCCUCAAAGUACCAGUGGUGCCAGAUCAAGGAUACACAACUGCAGGAUUAUUUGUCAAAAGGAUCGAAAGGGGCACUUGUUCCUUUACUUUAAUUAACUCAACCUCACUUAAAAGGCCAUGUUUUGAAGUUUUCUCCCCCUCUGUAGAGGAAUGAUGUAUUUUGGCUCAAAAUGAAAAAAAUAAUAAUGUCUACAGCAGCCACCAGAUGUUAUAAAGCUGUUAAAUAAAAUGCUUAACAUUGAUUAUAGAUUGAAGUUUUUAUUAAAACAGUAGUCAAUGUUUUGAAACAUAUCUCUACAUUUUUCUGGUUGGGCAAAGAAGACCCACUGAUCAGUUCUAGGUCUGUCUUCUUCAUUGUUUUUGCUGUCAGAUUUAACAGCCACAUCUCUGGUCUGUGUGGACCUCAUAGACAUCAUCUCUUAUCCCACCACAGCCUCCUUAAAGUACCAAUGGUGCCCGAUAGAGGAAAACAAUGGCAAUAUUAUGUGCCUGAAGGGAAAAAAGGGGGCUCUUGUUCCUUUAUUUCAGCACCUACAAUGGAGGUAAAACAGAGCACUCAUUUGAGAGCAAGUUUGUUCUGCAAGCGGCAGCAGCACAGAGUGGGCAUACAGUGUAUGAUACUGGUAGUUUUCCUCUCUGCAAAACACAUCAGUCUUCAAGAACGACCUGUACAAAUUUUGACUGUCGUGGAGCAGCAGUCAUAGUGAGCACCUCAGUGAAAAUUUCAACGCUUGGAUAUUUACAAAAAUAGGCUUUAAAAGGGGUCUUACUCUCCAGAUAAUCUUACUUUUUUAAUUGUGUAAACAUCUUUCAUUGUUUGAUAAAUUUGAUUUGUCAGUCUAAAACUUACCUCGUUUUCAAAACAAAAUAUUUCUUCUUCUACUACCUUGAUCUCAACAUGGAUAACACCAUUUUAUAGCUCAGAUUUUCCUCUUUAAAAUGAUCUACCUCAAGUCAUGAGGGUUCAGAAAACUAAACCAAAAAGCGAAUAGUUUCAGAUCCAUCAAAAACACGACGCGCCCCGACUGGGAUGAAAAAACAACGGGGCAGCGGCAGCAGGGAAUUCCUCAGGCGCGUUCGUUAAUUGAACUGCCUAGUCAUAGUACAGCUUGACAUUUGUUUGAAACUGCCACUGUAGGGGUUAUUAUCAUUGUUGUGAUAAGGUUCCUCCUACUUUCAAAUUAAUGUAUCGGUAUGUUGUUCUCUGAAACUUUGCAAAGUUUAUUCCUUGAUGAUGACGAGUUCUCUCUGUUUUUCUCUCAGUAGUAAAAUUGAGCUACUGGUUGCUUUACUGUUAUAGAUCUAUCUGUAAAGGUGUAUAGUCAUUUUGAUCUCAAAUAUGCUUGUCCAAAAGUCUGAAUCUUGAAUGUAUCUGAAUUAUUAGAUGAAUGAAGAAAUGCCAAUUUAUUUGACUCUCAAGAUUUUCCCGAUUUUUACCCACUUUCAGACUACCUUCCACUGAUAAAGUAAUGGUCACUUCCUCUUUCCAGUGUCCAAUUCUCAACAUCAACUGUGUGCUUUCAUGAGAGAAGGGAAAGGAAAGUGGGGAGGGAUACGAGGGGUAACAAAAAGUGAUGGUAAUAGGCAGGCAAACGAGGAGACGACACCAAUAUAUUCAUUGAACAGGUAUUCGCUUGGCUUGUGUACGUAAUACAAAAACUCUAUAAGUGAAAACAAAAUAUUGAAACUCACAUGUUUGGAUAAGCUUACAUCUAUUGGGCCAACAUUUGGACUCUACACAGAUGAUUAAUUAUUUCAAAAUGGCUGACCCUAAUACUUCAUUGUUGAGAAAGCAUCUCUCUGGACAGGCCUAGUGUUUAAUGUCUGUUUUUUUGCAAACUUGAUUUUUUUUUUUCCCCUCCUUGAUGACUUAUAAAAAGGAUGAAACGUUAGUUUGUGAAUCCUGUGAAAUUCCACUAAAUCAAAGGGAACGCAUUGUAGUAUUGUUGUUUUCUUUUAUGGCCUUUUUACUAUUCUUCGAAAGUAUUCUGGCAGCCAAAUUGUGAAUCAAGAGAAAUAUUUCUUGCUGUAUUGUGAUAUAUUUAAGUUUUACACUUUUGCUACUGUCUUUGUGAUGUUUGGACAGUUGUUGUAUGAUUAGAACAUUUUUUUUUUUGGUACUGACCAAAAGUUUUGUUUGGUAAAAGUGUACGGGUACGAAUGCUGUGUGUGAAUGCUGUAAGAUUUGAACAGAUUUAAAUAUCCCUCCUUCACUUUGCACUUGAGGAAAGUUCCUGAAAUGGAAUACUUGAAUCGAGGCUCUACAUGUUUUUACACUCUGUUACUUCCGAAGUAUGCUUUGAGGCAGUAUACAUGUAGAAUAUAUAUAAUAUAUAUAUAUAUAGGUCUAUAUACAGUCUAGCAUGCACGUAGCGCACAUACACAUAGCGUAACAUGAACAAAAUAAACUGAUUUUCCGGUCCCGCAUUUUCUCAUAUGUACCCGUUAUAUUCUUUAUUAUAAAACUUGCACACAGCAAACUUUGUACACAUCUAAAAGAUUUCCAUGUCUCGCCAAAUUCAUUAUAUGUGCGUGCUGUACUGUAUAGGAUUAAACACAGUGAUUUAUAUAUUGUGAGUGUGUUAGUGUUUUAGCGCCUGUGAAAGUAUGUGCUGAAUGAAGCUGAGAGAAUAUUUCAGAAUGUUAAUGGGCCCUGUUGGUGAAGUAAUAAACUAAAGCGCAUAGAGCCUACUUUGUAGUAGGGGUUUGGUUUAUAAGUAGAAUGUAUUAUUAUUGUUACUUUUUACCAUUUUAAAAAAUGUGGUAGAAAUACUGAUGAUAUUGCCAUUUAUUUGAUAGCGCAUUCCACACUCUACAGCCUGCUCUGUGUGCUUUACAGCUAUUAUUACCCUAGCAGACCAUGGAACACUCAGAAAUAUUCCCAGCUUACCAGGAAGCGUACUGAGCAAAGUGCGGAUUGCAUACGCUCAAAAAACCCUAACAAACUGACAAAACCUUUUGCUGUCUAUAGCUGGGUAUCAUUCCCACCUGGUUAAAGUGAGGAAAAUUUGUGUAAAGUGCCUUUCCCAAGGACACAACAUGGGGUCCCUGAUGGACUCGCACCCAUGACCUUGCGGUUGCGAGUCCGAGAGCCUAACCACUAUGCCAUCGACUGGUCAGGUCAAGACUCCGCCAUACGUUACAUUUCAAAACAGCAGAGUCUUACAUGAAGCAGUCGAUUCAUUAUGGUAUACAGGGGAGAGGAAACAAGCAGACAUAUUCUGUAUGGUAUGUUAUGAAUGUUCACCCUGUGGAUCUGAGCACACGCUUGUUUCCUUUCUCGGCACCAAACGCUCAUGUCAGCGUGUGGUGGUGUACAUCUAGUGGUAGUCGGACCCAAGGCAUAUGGGGCCAGGGUUCAAAAGACUAAAGAGCCCCCCUCACAGAUUGUGCUCUUUCCACUGCCAUUUUGUAUAACAUACACAGUAGGUCAUAUAUUUAGUAAAUAGUGCAGUUUAAGUCAAAAAGAAAGUUGAUUCAAAAUUUCUUCUGGUGUGUGUAAGUGAUAAGGCAGACGAACAAAAACAGUGAAAGUUUGUUUUUUAACUCAUGUAUGUCUGUCUCUGUUCUAAUACUUGGUACAUGUAUUCGGGUAGUUUGAGAUAGGAUUGGUGAGUUGAUUGAACAAUACAAAGAAUUCCUAGCUUUUGUUGUGUGCACCUACAUGCAUGUUUAUCCAUUUUUAUCUUCGGAGAAAUGCAAAUUACUCAAACUCCAUGAGUUGUGUUGGUUUUCGCGUCAAGGGAUUGUUUUUAUUAUAUGCUUUUGUUUUGGUCAGUUUAAGAUUUAUAUUUUUAAAGAUUUUUGCAUGUGACUUUUUAAAUCUUUGACUCCUUUUUAAAUGUUAUGAAAUAUCUUGUCAUUGUCAGAUUCAGGCUGUCAGAGAGCAGAAGGGUAGUUAUGCUUGGUGUUGUUGUUUAGCACGCAUUGUGACGUGAAGAGUCAUAUCUUGUCAUGUUAGAUUUCUGUAUGUAGUGUUUUGUGUUGGAUGAUAUCAUGUAUGCUUGUAGAGAAGAGACUGUCAAUAUUAUAUAGGGCAACAGAGGCUUGUUUCAGACAUUUGAACUUCUAAUAGAAAAGACUGGUGUUGUGUGUAUAUAUGUAUUUGCUGUAAAACUAAACUGGUUGUUUAUUUCAAAUGAGGUGAAAAUUAAUCUUAAAUUAUUUCUUUUCUAGACAAUCUUUAAAUAUCCAUGCUAUAGUGCAAGCAAUAUAUGUUUUGCUGCAUCCGCUUCAACUUUAUGUUUUUAAACAGAAGGAUAAUAUUCAUGCUUCUUCAAAUAAAUUACUUCCAUCAGUCUGUGCUACAAUUGUGUGUGAAGACCCGUCAUAUUUCAGAAAAUUUGCCUUUUUCUUGAUUAUUUUUUCAUUUCAUUUGGGUGCAAUUGCAAUCAGAGCAUUCAAGUAAAAAGUCAUAGCACUUCAGUUGGCUGGGGAUGGGGGUCCAAAGGAUAAUACAUGACGGGUGUUUUUGGCCCUCCUACACACUGAGCUAUUUCUAUCUGUAAUGUGGUGUGUAUUUGUGGGGGGGGGGGGAUUUUUGCGACUGUCUGUCCUUAUAUAAGCUUCAGACCUGUCAAUAUGAAGCUACGACAUCAUAAACAACAAGGGUUGUCCGUGUAGUUUCCAAUGCUUAUUCUGCCUUCCAU